AUGUAUACUUCCUCUUCAAGACAGUCCACGGCCGUUGAACUGAUUGUGGAGCGAUUGGUGGAUGCGUUAAUAUUUACGUCCGCUAUCGCCAUCACCGCAUUCAAUUAUCUUACGGGCGGACUCGAUAAUCCUAGUUAUUUUGCCAAUCCUGUGCCUGCAGUGUUGGAUAUCAAACAGUGGCGACAAAUGCAUGGACAAUCGAAUGGAUCCCCACAAGCACCGGUCGACCCUUUAGAUGAUGCACGACGACAACGCACGUUGAUGUGGGCAGAAUCCAUGGCACAACAACAACAACAACAGCAACAACAACAGCAACAGCAGCAGCAACAGUACCCAUCAACUAAACAUGCGCAUCCGUCCUAUGUCACAAACGAAACUCCCAUUUGUAGACCGCAACGAACGCAGUCUAUGCAUCUUCCUACCUUAUCGGUUGAACCGACCAGCCAUCGGAAAUCGGCCGUGUCCUCAACCACCAAACAGAUGAAACGUGAUAAGCGACGCACGCAAUCGGUGCCGCACAGCAAAUCAGAUACUGACAAUAUCCUGAUGGCACAACAACGAAUGGAAGAACGUAUCCAAUCCCUUAUUCAAGAAGGUCAAGCGGCUCUACAAAGCACCGUUCAACUGUAUGAAAUGGAUGCGAACGAGCUCGCCAUGCGACAUGCUUUUGCCAAAUCUAAAAAGCGAAAUCUCUAA